AUGAGGAACGGUCUGCCCAUUCGGGAGCUCUCUUCCGUAGGCUUCUGCGAAAAUCUUAUUCUCCGGUUCAUGGACACCGACGAUAUCGACAACAUGUUGAUUCGUCAACUAUCAUGUUUAGGAACCAGCGAUAAGGAGGUGCUGGUGAAGCAAUUCCAAAGCAUUUUGGGAGAUGUAAGCCUGUCUCCGGAAUUGUGUGCUUUCUUUUUGGAUAUGACAAACUGGAAUCUCCAAGAUGCUGUAGGUGCUUACUAUGAUCAUGGACAUACAAACAACGUCGGUGAAAUUGGUUUUGACUUACCUUUACUGAAUAUGCAACUCGUAAGGGACGUAACGAUUGGUGAGGGCGAAUCCGUACCUCCUAAAACUCGUUUCGUAAAAUCAUGGCGUGUUAAGAACAAUGGCGGGGUCCAUUGGCCGCAGGGAACAGCUUUGUGCUUUGUUGAAGGAACACCACUAUCGUCUGAAAUGAGAGUGCCGGUUGCCAGCCUUGGUCCUGGAGGUGAAGCCGAAUUAACAGUGGAAAUGAUUAGUCCUUCGAUGCCAGGGAUUUAUCAGAGUCGUUGGCAGCUCAACACACCACAGAGCGUUCCAUUUGGAGAAGCGAUAUGGUGCAUAAUUGCUGUCGACAACAAUGGUAUCUUGGAUAUAACACAACAAUUGGCAAGUGCUCCAUUGGGCAGAAUUAGCUCGCCAACUGGUCAUAAUCCAUUUAUGAGAUCGUCUCCUGAUGAAAUGAUCACUGCAUCGUGUGCCGAGCACUCGUUUUCUUUCAGCUUCGGCAAUUUUUUUUGA